AUGUUCCCUGAGAAUGGUGGUUAUGUGGUUUGGGUUUCAUCUGCCUUAGGUCCCUAUUGGGGGUUUCAGCAAGGUUGGAUGAAAUGGCUAAGUGGGGUUAUUGAUAAUGCUUUGUAUCCGGUUCUGUUUCUUGACUACUUGAAGUCAGGUAUUCCGGAGCUAGGUGGUGGUUUACCUAGAACCUUUUCAGCAUUAGGUUUAACUGCUAUUCUCACUUUCUUGAACUAUAGGGGUUUAGUCAUUGUGGGAUGGGUUGCUAUCCUUUUAGGGGUUUUUUCACUUCUUCCUUUCAUAGUUAUGGGACUUGUGGCAAUCCCAAAGUUGGAGCCUUCAAGAUGGCUUGUGGUGAAUCUACAUGACGUGGAUUGGAAUUUGUAUUUGAACACUCUUUUCUGGAAUCUAAACUAUUGGGAUUCGAUAAGUACAUUAGCUGGGGAGGUGGAUAACCCAAAGAAGACUCUCCCAAAGUCUCUGUUUUAUGCAGUGAUCUUGGUUGUUGUUGGGUAUUUCUUCCCCCUUCUUAUUGGUACAGGUGCUGUUCCACUUAAUCGUGAGCUGUGGACUGAUGGUUAUUUUUCAGACAUCGCAAAAUUGCUUGGAGGAGUUUGGUUGAGAUGGUGGAUUCAAGGGGCUGCAGCAAUGUCAAAUAUGGGUAUGUUUGUGGCUGAGAUGAGCAGUGACUCUUUCCAACUUUUGGGGAUGGCUGAGCGUGGAAUGUUGCCUGAGUGUUUUGCUAAGAGAUCCUGUUAUGGAACUCCCUUGAUUGGAAUUUUAUUCUCGGCGUCUGGUGUGAUUCUGCUGUCAUGGCUGAGCUUUCAAGAGAUUGUAGCUGCAGAGAAUUUCUUGUACUGUUUUGGCAUGAUUUUGGAGUUUAUAGCAUUUGUACAAUUAAGGAUGAAAUAUCCAGCUGCUUCUCGUCCUUACAAGAUACCCAUUGGGACAGCUGGAUCGAUUCUUAUGUGUAUUCCUCCAACCAUAUUGAUUUGUGUUGUGUUGGCUUUUUCUUCGCUCAAAGUUGCUGCUAUAAGCCUUGGUGCUGUGGUGAUUGGCCUUGUGAUGCAACCUUGUCUGAAGUAUACCGAGAGAAAGAGAUGGAUGAAAUUCUCCACCAAUGCGAACCUCCCAGAUUUUCAUGGCCAUAGCCAAGAGAGUUCUAAUGCACUAAUAGAGUAACAAAUCCCAGCUAAAGUUUGAGAGGCUAAGAAUCAAGACGUAGUACAAUAUUGCUAAGUGGCCAACAUCGAAUCCCUUGUCACGUGGUAUCAAGGUUAGAACAAUAUCUGUGACAAGUAAGCCACAGUUUCUUAUUUAUAAACAAAUGUGCCUAUUUAAUUGUGUAGUGAUAAAUGGCAACAGCUGUUCAUCAUCUUUGGUUUUUGAGUGAUGAUAGACGGAAAUGGUCAUUGAACAUUUUGAAAUAUCCAACAUUAGUAUCAUAAGAAAUCAUGUUAGUGUUCAGUAGUUUGUUUUACAACGUAUGGCAAUGUAAUUUCAAAUAAGACGAACCCUGUGAAAUUGUAGAUUUGGUAAUCGUUGCUACAUGCUUAUUCCUUUUAGAACUA